AUGGCAAGCACGACCGCGUUAGCUCAUCGACGGGUGAAGAACAUAUGUUGCAUCGGAGCUGGCUACGUUGGCGGACCCACAAGCGCGGUCAUCGCUAAGGAGAAUCCAAACAUCACUGUGACCGUCGUUGACUUGAGUGAAGCUCGUAUCGCGGCAUGGAGAUCUCCGGCCCUUCCAAUAUACGAGCCUGGCCUGUAUGAAGUUGUGGAAGUCGCCAGAGAUGGCACAGACGGUCGACAGCCAAACUUCCACUUCUCCACCGACAUCUCAAAGGCCAUUGACGAAGCCGAUUUGAUCUUCAUCGCCGUCAACACUCCUACCAAGACGGAAGGACUCGGUGCAGGCGGCGCAUCUGACCUUGCGUAUGUUGAGUCCGCUGCGAGACACAUUGCGGAGGUUGCAACAAGCGACAAGAUCAUUGUCGAGAAGUCAACAGUACCAUGCGGUACGGCCGAGAAUAUUCGAGAAAUUCUCGAUGCACAUGCCUCACCCGAUAUUCACUUCGACAUCCUCUCCAACCCCGAGUUCCUGGCUGAAGGCACUGCCAUGAACGACUUGCAGCGACCUGAUCGCAUUCUCAUUGGUUCACUCGAGGACGACAGAGGCAGAGGUGCAGCAGAAGCGCUACGUCAAGUGUACGCUGCCUGGGUACCUCGGGAACGUAUCAUUACCAUCAAUCUAUGGUCAUCGGAGUUGGCAAAGCUCGCGGCGAACUGCAUGUUGGCGCAGCGUAUAUCGAGCAUCAACUCCUUGAGUGCGAUCUGCGAGGCGACUGGUGCCAGCAUAGAGGAGCUUUCGUUUGCUGUUGGUCUCGAUACCAGGAUCGGCCCAAAGAUGCUCAAGUCGUCCGCCGGUUUUGGAGGGUCGUGCUUCAAAAAAGAUGUCCUCAGCCUCGCCUACAUUGCUGAGACACUACACCUACCCGAGGUCUCCGCUUACUGGAAGUCUGUGGUUGACAUCAACGAGUACCAGAAGGAACGCUUCGCAAAGAGAAUCACGAAGCGGCUGUAUAACACAUUAAGACUCAAGAAGAUCGCCAUCCUUGGCUUCGCUUACAAGAAGAACACUGGUGAUACUCGAGAGAGUGCCGCCAUCGCCAUCGUUGGCCAGCUCAUUGCCGAAGGCGCUAGAAUCGCCAUUUACGAUCCACAGGUCUCGAAGGAGCAGAUUCACCAGGACCUUGUACACGAGCAUCCUGCAGAUGUCGUCAAGCAGCGAGUGCAAGUGUGUUCCAACGCUCUUUCAGCUUGCGUGGAUGCAAGUGCUGUGGUUAUCCUGACCGAGUGGGAUGAAUUCAAGACCGAUCGCGUUCAAGAUGUUGCAUUGGCCAACGGAACAAUUCAGAAGCAACUAUUGGAGAGGAAGAUAUCUGCGGGCGACUCGACAUCCGAUGGAGACGCCGAGUUCCUGGACAGUGGUCUUGUCACACCAGCGCAGUCCGAGUCGACCCACGGAUCGACAGACACCUCCGAGAGUAACGAAAUUCCACAAGCCGAGAAGCGCAUCGACUGGGUGGAGAUUGCCAAUGCGAUGAAGCGGCCACGUCUCGUCUUCGACGGUCGCAACGUUGUCGAUGGCGAGAAGCUCGCCUCCUUGGGCUUCACGGUCGAGUGUGUUGGCCGGACGACCCCUCAGCGCCGAAGAUGGUAG